ACAAGAAGAAAUGCUCUGCCUCAGGGGUUUCAGUGUUUUCCUCUCAUGUGUUGUCCUUCUCAUUGUUCAGUCAAGUCGUGGUUCUGAGAUCAUUGGAGGUAAUGAAGUGCAGCCACACUCGCUGCCUUACAUGGCUCUGCUGGAGAGUGACAAACCGAUAUGUGGAGGGGUACUAAUUGAUCAAGCAUGGGUCCUGACUGCUGCACACUGUCCUAGCAUUAAGAAGGUGUUGCUGGGGGUGCACUCCAUCAAAGCAGAUGAAAAAGAUUUCCGACAGGUCCGAAAGGUGAAAAAAAGUUUGCCUCAUCCCUGCUAUGAUGGCACGGACAAGGUCAAUGACCUCAUGUUACUCAAGCUGGACAAGAAAGUGAAAAAAACCAAAGCUGUAAACUGGCUCACGCUGCCCAAAACCAGUAAGGAGCCGAAAGCUGGCAGCGUCUGUGUGGUGGCUGGAUGGGGAACUACUAAAAACAAUGUCAAUCGAAUGUCAGAUGUCCUGAGGUCUGUCAAUGUUACAGUGAUUGACAGAGUGAAGUGCAACUCAGCUGAUUAUUACAGCCUCAAUCCUGUUAUCACCAGCAGCAUGAUAUGUGCUGGUUCGAAUGGUAGAAACACAGCUGAUACCUGUCAGGGGGAUUCAGGAGGACCUCUCAUGUGCAAUGGUGUGCUAGCUGGAAUCACUUCCUUUGGACGGAUGUGCGGUCUCAUUAAAAAACCCGGAGUUUACUCUUUUCUGUCAGAAAAACAACUCAAGUGGAUCAAAAAUACAAUGAAGGGAUCUAAAAUAGAAUGAGUUCUCUGAAUCAUUCCUGCUUCCAUCUUUAAAUUAAAGAGGGAUACUAAGUUCAGUUGUGUUAUUUUGCCACCACGAGUCUACAUUUAUAUCUGUCUAUAUUUAUGA